AUGGGUCAUAUUCAUUCGUGUUUCACAGGUGCCGGACGAGGCGAUGCCCCGGACACCACCCACCUCGGACACCUUUCGACUGCUGGAUCCGCUUCGUCCCUUCAGAGGCAGGAGGGCCCAAGACAGCUCGGAAAGGGACAGUGCGGGACAGUCUGGGCUUUGGGGGACCUGGUUUUCAAAGCACCCAACGAGUGUAAGCACCAUCAGCUCUGGGAAGAUAGCUGCCAUCACAGGAAGGUGGAAGACGCACUUCAGCGGGCACCCUGGGCAAUCCGGCCGCGUAUCAACAUACCUCGUUGGACGGACUUGGUUCACCCCUCUGAGGAGACGUUCUGGGACGGGUUUCGCAGCUGGUUUCCCUCAAACUUCCAGCCGACAUGUGGCAUUCUGUCGACCAGAAUACACCCUGUACGUCCGCAUGUCCGCCAUGCCAUCGUCGACUUGUUCGCUCCUCCGUCCAUCAAGGCCAACAAAACCGGUUUCCUGGCUUGCCCGCAGAACCACGACUGCUUGGUCCGCCUGUACUUGGGUCGAAGAGCCGAGCGGUCAGCAUCGGCCGCCUCGUUUCGACUUCGCGACUUUGAUCUCAUGGUCAAUGAAAUGGAAUAUAUGCAACUUGAUAUAGGUACCUGGGCUAGAGACAUGGCUCGAACGCUGGCAGUCCUGCACUGGAGGGCACAGGUCGAUGCUAACGGCGUUGAAUUCGUCUUGGGAAGGACUGGGGACGUCGAAGCCGAGUUCAGAGCAAUAUCAUUGAGUGGUAUGCGUGACAGGCUUGUUGAUCGCCCCAACGUCUUCAAGUUCGAGUUAUCAUCACAAUCCAUGGGCGUCUGGUUGUUGGAUUUCGACCAGUGUCGGACAUUUCCAGAGUCUCCAGAGGGUGUCAAGCAGCUACAAAGAGCCUUCUAUCUAAAUGAUCCAUAUUACCCUCGACCGGUUUCGAAGCACCCCAACGACGUGGCCUUGUGGGAGACCUUCAAGGCUGCUUACCUGCAAGCCAGCGCAUUCCUCAAGCCGCAGAGCAGAAUGCCGAGAUUGUUUAUCCAGGCGGUUGAGGAAGAAGGCCGACGGCGUGCUGCCGGCGGUUCUGUCUAG